AUGCAUGGUCAGAUGGCAGCUCUGUCAAGAAAGCGUAAAGGAAGUGAUGACAUCAAUAAGCAAGUAUGGCAUGGAGUCAAGCGUCCCAAGCUGAAUAAACCUAAAUUACAUCCAAAGAGUGAAAAACAGGAUGACAAAUCAAAGGCAGCUGGCAAGUUGUCCCACAAAACCAAGUCAUUGACUCCAUCCAUGAAGUCCUACUCAAUGACCUUCCCCACAAGUUUAGGGAAAUCUGCAACACCACUGACACCCACAAGGCCAAAAAAGUUUUUUGUGCGAAAUAAGAGAUCACCAAGGAAGGCCACAAUGAAAUUCAACGGCAAUAUCAAGGUGGAGUACAGUUCAAAAAAGGAAUCUGCUGAGGCUUCAAAAACCCCAACUCCCAAGAAGAAAAUGGAGGUCUCAUCCACAUCUUCUCCUUCCACAGCAGUACGUCGCUCUCCCAGGAAGCUGUCAGAAUCUGCAGCCAUCUCUGCUGCUCGAUUGCUAAAUCAGUCACAUGAGUCCAGCAUGAGCAAAGUCACUCCAACAGGUCGUCUUCCCUCUCCUGUGAAGCCAUCAAAAAGUACCUCCUCAUCCGCUCAUGCUCGAAAGAAACUUUUCCAGCCUAUGAGUACAGUGGCAAACACCAGCAUAUUUGAUUUUGAUGAGAUGGAUGGAGUAGACAAAACUGUGGAUACACAAGCCAUGGCUCUAUCAGAAGUAGACUUGAACAAGAGUCCAGACCCCCAUCUGAAAAUAUCAAAUCCAACUCCUUCAACCAGUCCAGAAUCUCACAAAUUUUUCUCAGUAUUCUACAAGAGAGCAGGGAAGACCCCUUCAUCUCCAGGGCAGAAGAGGGAUUCAAGUCCAAAGGUAUAUAUCAGGAAGAAGCUUCUUGGUGAUGCAGACCAAAUGCAGAUUGAUGUUGGUCAGAGAUCUUUGGCACCAAAGACAUGUGAAACAUGUGGGAUGUUCUAUGGGUCCAAUGAUGCUGAUGAGCUUACUCAUGCCAAAUUCCAUGGUCAGCAUGUAGCCAAGUUGAAGUAUAAGACUUGGAAGAAGGAGAGAUGCCUGACCAGCUAUUUGGAUGGAAAAGUGAUAGCCAUACAUCCAGGUGAUGCUUCACACUGUUGGAAGAAAGUUGAUGCAGUGUUGGAGUUGGUGGAUGCUGAACUUGGCUUUUCCCAUGUUGGAAUCAGGAACCCCAAAAACACAAAGGUGUACUUUUACGUGAGAGAUGGAAGCAUCAUUGGGUGUCUGGUUGCUGAAUCCAUAAAGACUGCCUUCAGGGUAGAAGAUUCUGAGAUUGAGAACUCAAAAGAUGCUCAGACUGCCACAAGUCGUAGCAUAUGUUGCUCUCAGAUACCAACAGCAGCAAUUUGUGGAAUCAGCCGAAUCUGGGUUUCACCUGCUCACAGGAGGAACAAGUUUGCCUCAAACCUCCUUGAAUCCAUGCGCUUGGAUUUUGUGUACCCACACAUCCUCUCCAUUGAUGAGAUUGCAUUCUCUGAUCCAACUGUUGAUGGCCUCAUCUUUGCAAGGAAGUACACUGGAAAGAAUGACUUUCUUGUCUACAACCGCUAGUACCAGUUGAUACGCUUGAUUUUUUCAUUUGCAUCCCACAUUUUACUCUUGACUAUAGUCAUCUGAUAUUGCAGACUCAGAGAAGCAGGUGUGCAAUUUUUUUUCCUAUUCUUUCAAACUCAGUGAUGCACAUUAUGCCAAAAGACAUUUUGCACAAAAGCAUCUGUAUUUUAACAAAAGGCUUAUUCCUGAGAACUUAAUGUGGCAUUUUUACUUUUACAGUUCAGGCGUUAAGCCUAAUGUCUCAUAAGUAGGGAGCAGAUUUUUAUGAAAAUGCAUGUUUUUCUUGUAGCUUUGUAGGAGCAUGCAAUCCAGGUGUUAUGUAUGGAGGAGGAAGAG